AUGGUUAACCUCGACGUGAUCCACGCCUCUAACACCACCCUGGUCAGGAGCCAACCCUUGGUAGCCGUCUUCUUCGGCGGCACAUCGGGGAUCGGCCACUACACCCUGCGCGCCCUGGCCACCGCUGAAUCCCAGCACCGAGGCAAAGGCCUGCGCGCCUAUCUCGUGGGCCGCAAGGCCCCAGCCGCCGAGACCAUCAUCGCCGAAUGUCGCACCCUGUACCCGGAGGGCGAGUACAUCUUCGUCCAGGCCCACGACCUCUCGCUGCUCCGGGACGUCGAUCGCGUCUGCGCCGAGAUCCUGUCCCUGGCGCGAGAGCAAGGGCAACAAAGCGCCGCCCCGAAUCCACGAAUCGACUACCUGAUGCUAUCCCACGGUGGAGCGCCGUUUCAACCCAGAAAAGAUACCGCCGAAGGCCUGGACACGACAAUGUCCCUCCUCUACUACUCGCGCAUGCGAGCCAUCACCAACCUCCUGCCCUUACUCCUCCAAUCCCCGCUGCCCGCGACAAUCGUCUCCGUCUACGCCGCGGGCUUCGAAGGGAAACUCUACACCGACGAUCUGUCGCUCCGCAAUCUCAAGCUCUACAGCUACACGCAGGCGCGCUCCCACAUGAUCUACAUGCACACGUGGUUCAUGGAGCAGCUGGCCGAGCGGCAUCGCGGCCGGUUGCGGCUCGUCCAUAUCUUCCCGGGGUUGGUGCUGGGGCCCGCGUUCGCGAACCCGGAGCUGCCGGCCUGGUUCCGGGGGUUCUGGCGCUGGCUGGGGAGUGGGGUCUACUCGCUUGGCUGGAAAGGUGAGUCGAAUAUCCAACUCAAGGCCUACGAGAAGUUCGAUCUGGCGGAGAUGAGGGCCAAGAUCUGGGAGCAUACGAACAAGGCUUUCGAAACGAUCGAGAAGGGAGAUGUUUUCAAGGAUUGA